AUGAUUGUGCGAAGAGUCCUACUUGAUGCGCGGUGCACGGGGAAGGCUAUUGAUUGGAAGAUCUUACUCAAAUGUUUGGCGAUAAUUGGCAGUUGCGCCUUCUUCGUUGAAUCAUCACCGGCAAUGCCACAGAACCCAGGGCUUGAAAUUGAAUCUACCAUCACGGCUUUUCCUCAGUUGCAAGGCUACAAAGACUGCCGUCGCAUCGGUGGUGGAUCUAGCCACCAAUCUCAUCAACCCAUCACCAGCGGUUUAGGAAAUUUUAAAUUACAAAAGAACACAGAGACUAUGCCCACUGCAAGUGAUGAUAGCUCACCGGAUUUUCGAGGCAAAGAAAUCCUAGAGAGUGAGCCACCGAUCCCAACGAUCAGAUCCAGUGUAGGCGUUGCUGGUGGAUUGCAAGAUUCCAAGAGCCAAAUUCACACUGGCGAUGGAUUCGGGCACCAAGCUCAUUCCCCUGCAAGCCCACCACAUCACCAAGCGAAGGAAAUUACGGAAGAUGGCGAAACAAUCUCCAAAUCAGACGCAGAAAAUUUUCAUACUCGCGUGGCCCGCAUAGCCCCCAAAAUCGCGAGUGUAAACAGUCUACCCCUGAAUCUGAUCGACCAGCACUUGACCAAAGCGGAACUAAUCUCUAGGUUGACAAGAGACAAGAAAAGACUGGAAGUCAUCAACGAAAUCGACACAGAACUUCGCGCGUCUUUCUUAAUCCAAGAAGAGAAAUUGAAGAUUCUCUUGAUCAAAUGGAAGGAUCGUAUUGUGCGCGAAUUCAAAAUCAAUCGCGUCCGUCUCCAAAGUGGUAUACUCGGGGAGUGUUUGGAAAGAGAAGAGAACAGGCCAGUCAAGUAUCUAUUGACCGCAACUUUCAGUUCGAUCAAGAAGAACUUAGAUGCAAAGAGAAAAUGGCGACCUCUAGCAAGAAUUGUCAACUUUUUCCGGCAGCGGAGUUUAACCCAGGCGGACCGGGAAAGGCCCCGACCUUUCCCUACAUUGAGCAAGUUGAGAAGGGAAAUGGAAGAACACAGCACUAAGUUCAGUGAGGAACAACGCAAUGUUAUAUAUCGCCUUUCGGUCAUAGAAGAUACCAAUCAGAGCUAUUUCUUGCGGCCAGAGGUUCAAAUAAUCAUCAAAAAUCUAGCACUUGACCCACCUCACCUGGCGGCUGAAGAUCAAAGGUUGAUUCAAUUGCUGUCACUGCACACAGUUGCUCAAGACAUAACUCUGAAAUAUGGCACUCGCCAUGGUUAUUUCAAUUUCAUGUACGCAGAAACAUCUACUAAAACAAAAGAAAUUGCCCUAAGAGCCUCAGACAUGCUUUCUGAAAAAACGCUAGAAACCGCAAAGUGGGCCACAGGUAAAUUGAAUCUCGAUGACAGACUAAAAGAGCUAGGGUCUUCCGAGAAUCUCCCUAGGAAGAUAGGUGGCCACGGAAGAGAAUUUCUGGCGCUUCCCACAGAUACCCAACAAUCAAAAACAAAGAUCUUGUAUAUGAAAGCUUUUGCUACUUUGAGCAUGGAUACUGAAAGAGUGGAUCCUCUAUUUACAUCUACCAAUCAGGAAGAGGCCCGAAAAGAGUUGGCAGAAUGGUGGUGGAAUUUCAAUCCCAGAAAAAGCUACUUGAAUCUUGAAGAGAAAUAUCAAGACAUAAUUGAUCAAUAUGCUACUAAAUAUGAUGAAAAUAUGUCAAGGAUAGAAAGAAUUUGCGGAAAUUAUGAUCUGACCACAACAGCCAUUCACCACCUGGAGAAGGAAGAUCCCCAGGAUAAUAUGCUGAGUUAUUAUGCUAUCUCAGCAUUGAAAAAGAUGAAGGAAAACAAUAUCAAGCUUUCAAUCAAAGAAAACAAUUACCUAUAUGCCAAGGGUUUUCAAGGUGGAUCAGGAAAUUUAUUACAACUUUCUCGGGAUGAAAUCAGAAAAUUGGCUAUUGAAGCUGUCAUAGAUGAGAAAGGUAACAUUCCAGAUCAUCUGAAAAAACAAGCAUAUGCAAUCUCAAACCUUGAAAUCCCUAAAGAUUUUGAAUCUAUUAAUGAAAUUGCAAGUAAUGAAUUGUUUGAAAACUUCAAUAAGGAUGAUCUCACAAAAAUCAAAUCAAUAUUAGUUGAAUCAACUCAAAAUAAAAAGCAAAUUGAUCAAGAUGAGACCAAAUUUGUUAAAAUUUUGAAAAUUUUAGACCAACAAGAUGGGCAGAACAAAAGCAACAUGAAACUUUUGGAAGUUUUGAUUGCAAUCAAGAAGAAAGAAAUUCAAAGAUCAAUAGUGACUUUGAAGAAGGGUGAAAAUGAUUUGGCUUUGAUUCAAAGAUCAUCAGAUUCAUUGGUUGAUAUCGUCAAAAAAUCAAACAUCAAGCAGGGCUACUAUUUUGGUGAAAGUUCAGAGAUCAUUGCAUCUACAAAAAAGAUGGAAGAUGAUAAAUCACAACGUAAAAUGGUCAAGGUUAAUUAG